AUGCACAAGCGACCAUCAGAGAUCGCGAUAGUAGUCGUGGUACUCUCGCCACCUGAACCGGGCACUCGUCGUGAUCGUCGCACCGUUCGAGUCGGUUGUCCGUCGCCCGAUGUCUGCCGUCCGAUUCCGAAGCGGACGUUGUCCACCCCGCCGCAUCUGUCGUUGCCCUGCUGGGUGUCGCAGGCGAAUGAUCCGGUGGCGACAAUCGUCACCGAAGUGCCGCACGAGUCGUGA